AUGUCGAAGUUUUCUCUCCAAGGACGCACCGCACUAGUAACGGGAGGCGCCCGAGGAUGCGGCCUGGCCUUUGCGCGUGGACUGGCAGAAGCAGGCGCGAAUGUCGCAAUCUUCGACAUUAUACCACCCGAUGAAGCAUUCACAUCAAUUGAAAAAGACUGUUCCGUCAAGACCGCUUACUACAAAGUGGACGUUUCCUCCGAAGAAUCCCUCCGAACCGGCUUUGAACAAUUUCAAAAAGAAUUCGAUAACGCCCUUGACAUAUGCGUUCCCUGCGCUGGGAUCAAUCGCCAUCUCCCGUUUCUAGAGUUCACCUAUAAAGACCACCAAGACUUGCUCUCGAUUAACGUGCUCGGACUAUAUUUUACGGCUCAGUUGGCAGCGAAGCAAAUGAUCGCCAAUGGGACGCAACAUGGCAGCAUUGUUCUGGUAGCCAGUAUGGCAAGCCAUAUAGCCGUGCGCAGUCAGUUGUGCAGCGCAUACUGUGGGACAAAGGGCGCUGUUCGAUCCAUGUGUCCAGCGAUCGCAAAAGAGCUAGCAGCAUACAAUAUCCGAGUAAAUUCCAUUUCUCCAGGCUAUGUACGGACCGAAAUGACCGCAUCUUUCCCCCAUCUUCUCGAGGGCUGGAAGUCGGAAGCGAUGAAUGGACGGAUUGCCGAGCCGGAAGAUAUAAUGGGGGCAUGCGUGUUUCUAGCUAGUGACGCGAGCGCAUACAUGACGGGGCAGGAUAUCAUUGUGGACGGGGGAGUGACCCGCUGGUAG